AUGGACACGAAAUUCAGCAUCUUUUCCUCUUUUUUAGUGCUGUUGGUGGCCCAUGUUGCAGAUACCCAAGCUGGCGUUUUCGACAAACCUAAAGCAGAUAUCAAGAAGAAAAUGCCCCCAACACCGAUGGAAUCCAUGUUGGACGUUCAAACGGGGUUCAGAUCACUGAUUGCACGUGGGAAGUCUUGGCAAGUAUCCAACGAAGAACCUGUGGUGGGAAUCUUCGUUAAGAAUUGCACCUUAAUCAACACGAUGAAUGGCGUUAGAGUGAAAACAUGGCCAGCUUCCCCUGCUGGCGUCGCCAGUGAUAUGCAUUUCGAGGAUAUUAUCAUGCAAAAUGUUGGCAAUCCUGUCCUCAUUGAUCAACAGUACUGCCCAUAUAAUCAGUGCAAACAACAGAUUCCAUCGCGGGUUAAAAUCAGCAAAGUUAGCUUCAAGAACAUUAGGGGAACUUCAUCAACUCAGCUUGCUGUACCAACAGAAUCCACCUACCUCAAGAGCAUGCCCUGUCAAAAUGUGGAGGUUGGUGACAUCCAUCUCACAUACAAUGGAAAGGAAGGCCCCGCCAUGAGCACCUGUGCCAACGUGAAACUAACUCUUUCAGGCAAACAGAAUCCACCUACCUGUACCAAUUCUGUAUAA